AUAAUAAUAAAAUAUGUGCUACCUACCAAUUAUCUAUAGUUAAAAAUUAAAACUACAGUUGGAAAAAAAAUUAAUCAUAUUGGAAUAAUGCUUAACAAACAUCUAACGUAUAUCGUGGUAAGAUGAACGGUAAGAUAGUUAUAAAACGAAAAUAUUAUGGAAACUGACAGGAAAGUAAGAACGGCAGCUAAUUACUAUAGAAAGAACGUAUUAAGGAAAUAUUUCCAGAUUUGGAAAAAAUAUUCUGAUCACAAACAGUGUUUAAUAAACAAAACAAUACAAAUACCAAACAAUAGUUAUUUGGGUUCAGAGUUUGAUUGUGAAAUAAUAGAUUUGAGGAAGAACGAUAAUGACCAAAAAAAAAAAGUUGUAUAUACAACAAUUGUUAGUACAAAUAAACAUUUAGACAAUGAAGUAAAAGAAGAAAAGAUAAAACUUAGGAAUUUUAUUUUAGAGAGUUUAUGGAAAAAAUAUAAUUUAAUUCCAAUAAAUAAACGAUAUAGUAGAACACGAAAUGAGAAAAUAACUAUUGAACAAUCACAAAAGUAUAAUAAAUGUUCCAAAAAAAAUUUGAUUUUAGUGUAUUGCGCAUUAUUAUUAUUCAAAACUACGUGGAAAAUAUGGUACAGGUAUUCCAAUGUAAUUGAAAAGGGAAAAUGACUAUAUUUAUUGUAAAUUGUAAAUUGUCUAUAUUUAUAAGCCGAUAAAACUACGUAUUAUAUUC